UUAUUACGUACCUUUCAUUUCCUUUAUUUUCUCUUAUUCUCUCUCUUUCACUCUCUCAUGGCAAUCUCCCCUUCUUCUUGGUUCAUCAAAGUCCAUUAAUGGAGGAGCCAACGCCGCCUCCAAUCAACACCAACUCACCAACAUCACCCACAUCAUCGCAGCCGCCAACACCGCCACCUCUAUCCCCGCGACCACUACAACGAGGCCAAACCCUAAACCUUGUCGAACCGUCUGUAGAGAAAAAGAAGCAGAAAACCAAAGUUUUUCGUAUUUUUCGCUCCGUUUUUCGAUCUCUUCCGAUUAUAACUCCUGUCUGCAAGAUUCCUGUUCUCCAGAGCGGGUUAAUUCCGGACAGCCACAACCGCCACGUAUCGGGUAACAAAGUGACCGGAACGUUGUUCGGUUAUCGUAGAGGUAGGGUAACUUUAUCUAUUCAAGAAAAUCCGAGGUGUUUACCUUCAGUUACUGUCGAGUUAGCUAUACAAACAAAUGUUCUACAGAAGGAACUGAGUUCAGGAAUGGUGAGAAUCGCAUUAGAAUGUGAGAAGAGAAUUGAAAAGGAAAAGAUUAGGCUGUUAGAUGAGCCAUUAUGGACUAUGUUCUGUAACGGUAAAAAGAAUGGUUAUGGAGUUAAAAGAGAUGCAUUAGAGGAAGAUCUCAAGGUUAUGGAGCUUCUUAGGGCAGUUUCUAUGGGUGCUGGUGUUCUUCCUGGGAACUCUGAUGUUGAAGGCCCAGAUGGUGAGUUGGCGUAUAUUAGGGCACAUUUUGAACGAGUUGUGGGCUCAAAAGAUUCAGAAACUUAUUAUAUGAUUAGCCCAGAGGGAAAUAAUGGACCUGAGCUUAGUAUGUUUUUCGUCCGGGUUUGACACGUGUUGCGCUUUGAUUGGUACGCGUCGGUUCAGUUUCUCUAUGGAUUAUAUGAUGUGCUAUCUAUUACUUAAUUAGUGAGUGUAGGGAGUUUUUUUGUCUAGACCUAAUUCUUGGUGGAACUCGUUAUAAAAUUUUAAUACUUUCAUGCAUAUGAGAGUGUUUUUCCUUGAAUGUAAGUCUAGAUAAUGAUUUUCAAUGAGAGUAGAUAUAGAUGAAAGAGGAAGGGUUAUUAGAUAGUGUCUGUUUUUCAAUUUCUAGCUAAUAAUUGAUGGAUAAUUAUGAUCAUUCAAUGAUUAGUUUGUUUUGGAUAAAAGAGUUGAAUGAAUAAUAUAAAUGGCAUUAUUAGUUCUUUUUUGUUA